AUUUUCCUCCCCACAUUGUCGCUCCGUUCUCCAUGCCCAGACGCCAUGCUAGCACACCCUCUGCGGCGUUCACCUUUCUUUCUUCCCCUCGACAAUUUCGUUCACAUAUCCGUCUUCAUAUUACCCUGCCUGUUUCCUUUUUCAAUAUUCCGCGCCAUUAAUACUAUUAUUAGCGGCUGCUAGCAUCAUCUACAUUCCUGCCUCUUCUUUGGACCACAGCUGCGAAAAGCAAUACACCCUAACAUCUAAUCAACCGCCGUCCCUGUUCUGAGAAAUGAGAGACACUGGAUCUUUUGAUGAGCCGAAUGUCGCACCCAGCGUCUACAGCCACGUAUCGCGUCCGGGCAGCCAUAGAUACAAGAAUGCCAAAAAGGGUCUGCCGUUCAACCUGAUGCUGCGCACAGUGGUUCCCGCCGACGACAAGGAGAAUCCCGAGCAGGCACACAUCGCCGAGCCGAUGCAGUUCAAGCAUCACAGUGUCGACAUGGAGGAGGACGGCAUGCGAAUCAUCCUGAACAUCAUCGACACUCCGGGGUUUGGUGACGGCCUGGACAACGAAAACUGCUUCACGCAAAUCACCGAGUACCUCGAAGCGCAGUUUGACGACGUGUUGGCAGAGGAGAACCGGAUCAAGCGAAACCCCAAGUCAAAGGACUCGCGGCUCGACAUCGAGCUGAUGAAGCGGCUCGGAUACCGCGCCAACAUCAUCCCGGUUAUUGGCCGCAGCGACACAGCUGAACGCCGCCAGCGCAUCAUGGCUGACAUUGCUGCCUACAACAUCCCUGUGUUCAACUUCCCGAACUCUGAUGAUGACGACGAGGAGACUGUUGAGGAGAACCUCGAGCUGCGUGCCCUGAUGCCGUUUGCUGUCGUCGGCUGCGAGGAGGUCAUCAAUGAGGAUGGCCGCCCCGUGCGCGUCCGCACGUACCCAUGGGGCGUCGUCCAGGUUGACAAUGACGAGCACUCGGACUUUGACCGUCUGCGCUACGUUCUGCUCAACUCGCAUAUCGGCGACCUGCGUGACAGGACCCACAACGAGAUCUAUGAGCUGUACCGUACCGAGAAGCUCUCAACCACUGGUGGCGCCAACAGUGCUCCCUCCGGCGUCGGCGGCUGGACAGCCUGCUUUGGGUGCCCAGCCAAGGGCUAUCGCC